AUGGCCAAGUUAAGUGCUAGAAGCAUGAAGAAGAGUGCUACUAGUAACAGUUUUAGGUUUGUGGUGGAAAAACUAAUUCAUAAGAGUUUGUUAAUGGGGAGCAACAACAAGAAGUCAUCAUCUUGUAAUGAUUGUGUGCCUGAGGAUGUGAAAGAAGGACAUUUUGCAGUGAUUGCUGAGGGUGGUGGUGAUGAUGAGGAAGCUCCAAAGAGGUUGGUGAUGCCACUGAGUUGUUUGAGAAACCCAGCAUUCUUGAGGCUAUUGGAACAGGCUGAAGAGGAGUAUGGCUUUGACCAUGAAGGUGCACUCACCAUUCCUUGCACCCCUUCUCAACUUCAAAGGAUACUACUUCUUGAACAGCAACAAACUACCAACAACAACAACCACCUCUUCAACUUCUCAACUAAUCACCUCCAAUUCAUCAUCUCAUAA